AUGGUAAUAAGAUCCACCUUCUGUUUUUUUGUGGUAUUUCUGGUUAUUUAUCUGCUAACACUGAUAGAAAACUUUCUCAUCAUCCUUACCACACUAGUGGACCCUGCCCUUCACUGCCCCAUGUAUUUCUUCCUCCAGAACUUGUCCUUCGUGCACAUUUUCAAUUUAGUCACUGUACCAAAGAUGCUGAUGAACCUCGUCUCUAAGAAUAAAGACAUCUACUGCUCUGGUGACAUGACACAUACAAAUUUCUUCUUCUUUGGCAUCACAGAGUCCUUCCUCCUGUCCGCCAUGGCGUAUAACCGCUAUGUGGCCAGGUGUGACCCACUGCACUACACCACCAUCAUGAACAAGAAAUUUUUUAAAAAGCUGGCAGUGACGUCUUGGUUUUCAGGGAUUCCCGUGGGAAGUCUGCAAACAACAUGGUUGUUUAGUUUCCCAUUCUGCAGGUCCAAUGAAUUGAACCACUUCUUCUGUGAUGCACCCACCAUUCUAGAGUUCGUCUAUGCAGACUCCUACCUUUUUGAGAUAUCAUUAAUUGCCUCCACUAUACUUACUUUUCCACCCUUUCUGAUUAUCCUCUUUUCCUAUGUCCAUAUCAUCUCCACCAUCCUAAAGAUGCCAACAGCCAUAGGCAGGCCCAAAAUCUUUUCCACCUGCUCCUCUCACCUCAUUGUGGUGACUCUAUUCUACGGCAUGGCCAGUUUCACCUACCUCCCACCCAAAUCCAUUUACUCCACAAACACCAAAAAGCUGCUCUCUCUUUCCUACACAGUCUUCACACCCAUGUUAAAUCCCAUUAUCUAUAGCCUGAGGAACAAUGAGGUGAAAGGGACCCUCAAGGGAAUUUUGAACAAAAGAAAUGUGUUUUGA